CGGCUCUUUUAUGGUAGAGGGAUGCCGCGGCCGGGGGAGACCGCGUUCCUCCGAAAGCCUUCCAGGUCGAGAGCGAAAAGGGUCCAGGGACUUUACUGCGGUUGCAUUGCUGGAUGAGACGGCCGGGCUAGGAGACAGGCUACUGAAGUUCGGCCGGGCGUUAGCUCCUCCGCUCCUUCUCCUCACAUCUGCAGCCCUUUGCACCUUCUGGAGACACUGAGGCCUCGCCCAGUGCUGGGGGCCAGGGUUGCCAAGGUCCAUCUGACGCUCUGCCACGAGGAGCCUCAUUUCUAAGUGAUGUUGGAACAGACUAGUUCUCCGGGAAAAUGGCAGAAGCAGUAUUUCAUGCCCCCAAAAGGAAAAGAAGAGUACAUGAAAAUUAUGAGUCUCCAUGGCCAAUCCCUUUCGGUCAGGACCAAAGUCUUGAGAAAGAAUUCAGGAUCUUCCGUGCGGAGCUGAUGAAUAACAACGUGAUUGUGAGGAGCCCAGAAGACAUGAAGCAGCUGUAUGGGAAAGGUUAUUUCGGAAAAGGUAUUCUUUCAAAAAGCCGUCCAAACUUCACAGUUUCAGAUCCUAAGCUGGUUGCUAAAUGGAAAGAUACGAAGACAAACAUGCCUGUCAUCACGUCAGAGAAAUAUCGGCGUCGUGUAGCAUGGAUGGCACAGCUUAUGGGUAGACAGGGGCAGGAUGAGAGUACAGUGCACAGAAUCAUCGAGGAUUUCACAAAACCACUUGAGCAUCCUUGUAUAAAAAGAGAGGAAGAAGUGCAGUUGCCCGAUGAGCUUACCUCUGAAAUGGUCUCCAACAUGGAAGGUACAGUGGGGAGAGAGAAGCUUCCUGUGAUGAAUGGAGACCCUGAGAAGUCAGAUGCUGUGGAGGAUCCGAGUGAGCCCUCAGACUGCCCACAGGAGGGCAGUGGGCGAGACACAGCAACUGCCAACAGCUCCCGUGACCGCCUGGUACAUGACGCUGCACCUCCACCCCAAGUCAGCUGCCGCACAGAAGGUGCUGUCAUCCCCCAGUGUGGCCCUCAUCCUGAGGACGGCAGCAAACAGGCGUGUCUCCUCUGUGCGGGAGAGAGAGGGACUGACCAUGAGUAUGUGCUUGUGGAGGAAGCGCUAAGUGACAGGAACGAGAGGGAGGAUGCCCCAGAUGGGAAAUUGGUACAAAGAAAGAGAUUAAUAUGCAGAAGAAAUCCUUAUAGGAUCUUUGAGUAUUUGCAGCUCAGCCUAGAAGAGGCCUUCUUCCUGGUCUAUGCCCUAGGAUGUCUAAGCAUCUACUAUGAGAAGGAGCCUUUAACAAUCCUGAAGCUCUGGAAGACUUUCUCUGUAGUUCAGCCCACAUUCAGGACGACCUACAUGGCCUACCACCACUUCCGGAGCAAGGGCUGGGUUCCCAAAGUGGGACUCAAAUACGGCACAGAUCUACUGCUGUAUCGGAAAGGCCCUCCAUUUUACCAUGCAAGUUACUCUGUCAUUAUUGAGCUAGUCAGCGAUCAUUUUGAAGGCUCUCUCCGCAGACCUUUCAGUUGGAAGUCACUGGCGGCCUUGAGCAGAGUUUCAGUUAACGUGUCCAAGGAACUUAUGCUGUGCUAUUUGAUUAAACCCUCUACCAUGACUGACAAAGAAAUGGAGUCACCAGAAUGUAUGAAAAGAAUUAAAGUUCAGGAGGUGAUUUUAAGUCGAUGGGUUUCUUCACGAGAGAGGAGUGAUCAAGAUGAACUUUAAAAGUCCAACCUCAGAUUUCUAAUUUCACCAGCAACUAUUGAGUCUCCUACAAUAAAUAUACCAUGUUCAGGGAUGAGUAGAAAGUCCUUUCUCUAUAGUCACCCAUUAGUUUAAAAGUUUUAAAAGACCUGAUGCUCCCAGCACUAGAAAAUUAUCAGUGUUUUAAAAGAUAAAAUUACGUAAGGGAGGAAGAAGAGCCCUGUGCUCUGUGUCAUUGAGUUGGUCACUGUCUCUGAGUGACCCUGCACUUCAUACCUCUGGCCUCAUCCAAUCAAUGGGCAGUUGGACUAGAUGAGUCCCCGGAGGACUCUUCCAGCAACAAGGAAAUGUAUUCUCUGAUCUUAAUGGUAAUAAUUUACAUUUAUACGGUACAGUUUACAAAGUACUUUUCUACACUGGCAUCCCUGUUACCCAUGUCUAAUCUGUUCCUGAAAGAGGGCUGUAAAUAUCUGAUAUGCAGGAUGUAUUUUCAUUGUUACUGAGGGGUCGUGACCCACAGGUUGAGAACCGCUGCUCUAGGAGGUGAAAAGCCUAUUUUAUGCCCCGGUAGGUAAAGACAGUGGAGAAGGAAGUCCUAGAGAAAUAGUUUGAGGCGAAGUAGUGAAGACAAUUGAGGAGAGUGGAAGGAGGGGAGACACUGGAGUAGGUACCUGCUGGACAGAGGGAGCUGGACGCCAUCCUGCUUAUAGGAGUGAUUCACACAUGUUGGAGAGGCAGUGCAAACAAUUCCUUUGUGUCAUUUUAGUUUAGUUUUCUUUUUUUUUUUUGAGACAGAGUGCCUUGGCAUCAUAGCUCAUAGCAACUUCAUUCUCUUGGGCUUGAGCAAUCCUCUUGCCUCAGCCUCCCCGGUAGCUGGAACUACCGGUGUGCACCACCAUACACGGCUACUUUUUUUUAGUAGAAACAGGGUCUUGCUCCGCCUGGUCUCAAACCCCUGAGCUCAGGCAAUCCACUCACCUUGACCUCCCAGAGUGCUAGGAUUACAGGCGUGAGCCAUCGCGCCUGGCUAGUCUUUCAGAUUGGUUAACAGGCACUGGCUGUGAAAAGGAGCCCAGUGGUCAUCCCCUGAGUAUUGGCUGAGUCCCAGCUGUGUGCCCGAGGCAGUGCUAAACAAUGAAGUGAAGCAGCGUUUACUGGGAGGUACCAGGAAGAACCCUAGCCUUGGUCUGGGGAGCAGACUUGGUACCAGUGCUGAGUCUCCAUAACCGCUUCAGUAAAACAUGCAGCUGACACAUAAAGGAAAGUGAUUGAAGGAGUCUCAGGUCACAGUUAUACAGAACUGAUCAACAUUGCCAUCUAUUGGUGUAAAUCAUUGCCUAGUUUUCUUGAUUCGGGGUAAUACCUAUAGAUUGGUAGGUGAUUUUUAUAAAAGCAGGGAAUUUUUUUUUUUUUUUGAGACAGAGUUUCACUAUGUCAUCCCGGAUAGAGUACCGUGGUGUCACAGCUCACAGCAACCUCAAACUCUUGGGCUUAAGCGAUUCUCUUGCCUCAACCUCCCAAAUUUCUGGGACUACAGGUGCCCACCACAAUGAACAGCUAUUUUUUUUGUUGUUAUAGUUGUUAUUGUUUGGCAGGCCCGGGCUGGAUUCAAACCUGCCAGCUCCAGUGUAUGUGGCUGGCGCCCUAGCCAUUGAGCUACAGGCGCCAAGCCAAAAGCAAGGAAUUUAUAUCCUAAAGAAGGAAUGAGGCCACUUACUGCCAGUAUCACCUCUAAGUUGAAAAUCAGCCCCUAAAAUAGGAAAUGGGGACCAUCUCACAGGGGUGUCCAACCUUGUGGCUUCUUUGCACCACACUGAAAAAAAAAAAAGUUGCUUUGGGCACAUAUUAAAUACACAAACACUAAAGCUGAUGAGAAAAAAAAAAAGGUGUCCAUGCAUAAUUUUCAUGAUAUUCACCACUACAGAUAAGCAAAAAAGUCCAUCCACACGUGGUCCAUGGGCCACAGGUUGGACACCCCUGGAAGCUUCACUUGAAAAUCAAACGAUAUAGCUGUUAAGAGAAGUUAGCAUGAAAUAGGCAUUCCUAAUAUUAACAAGUGCUAUCUGAGCUGGAUUUUUUUAUGACCUGUUAUUUACCUCAUUUAGAUAUUUGAAUGUUGAAGGCAAAUCCUUAUUUUUUUCAUCUUCUCUAAUGAUGGGAAACUGCUAGCUCAGCUGCCCCACAUUCUGAGUCCAACUGCCUGUGACUGUACUCUUGGCCAAGGAGCAUGACCCAGGGUUUAAGGGCACAGGCUUUGCAGUAAGACCUGGGUUUGACCCCCAGUUUUGCCACUGUGUGACUUUGGGAAGUCAUUUCCUCGGUUUCUCUUUUCAUCUAUAAACCGGGCAUAAUGUUAGGCCUUACCUCAGAGAGUCGGCUUGAGAAUGGCAGGUAUAAGAAGUGUUCAGUCUGAUGUGGAGUCUCUUGCGAAUACUCAUGAAAUGCAGCUGCUGCUAUUACUGUCAACUGGAUAAAGAAUUAGAGAAGAUGAGUCCUGAACUGGAGUGCAAGAGAUUGGGGGCAAAUUGGAAUUCUCUCUCCUUUACCCUCUGGGGUCUUCAUAACUUCUUGAACACCAUUGAAAACCAACCACCACUCUGUUCAAAAUGGCUUCAUAUUCUGGUAAGCAGUUGUGUAUUUCUAAUAAAGAGAAGUAGCUGAACU